ACGACAGCGACAACAAAGGAAUCAGGAAAGUCGGCUAAGAGCACUUCCAAGGCACCGCCUACAACAGAGGGUGAAGAAGGAUCUGGGGAAACUGUGACGACUGUGGAACACAGCAGUACUACUGAGCAGCCCGAUCUCAUCCUCACUAUGGAAAAGGCAUCCAGCAAUACCACCGAGCAACCCGAUCUCGUCCUCACCAUGGACAAGGUGACUGAUCAACCAGAUCUGGUGCUCUCUAUGGGAACUACUAAGGCUGCGAAUGUCACAUCAGCUGCGACGACUGCAGAAGAACAACAUUCGACAACCGCUGAAGCUUCCAGUACGGCGACUCCCGAGAUAGGUAUUGAUGAGACCACGGAAGAAGGCGUCGAGAAAGGUGAUUCCAAGGCUGAUAAGGACAAGAUCACGAAAGCGACUCCAACCACCAAAGAAGCAGGAUCCACGACACCAAAGGCGAAGUCAACCGAGGAACCAGGAAGGGUAGCUCUUCAACAUCUACGAAACCCACCAAGGAAUCCAAGGAAACAACUGAACAUCCUAAGGAUUCUGGAAACCAACGCCACCUCAGAACGUCCUGAAACAACUCCAAAGACAACUGAUGUGGAAACGGUUGAAUCCUCCUCCAUUGCGUCCACAAAGACACCGACGGGUAGUACUGCUGAAGCUACAACUACUCUUGCCGGUAGCACUCCAGAACAGGGUUCCUCAACAACUGGUUUCCCCACACUGGUAACGUCUGAACAGCCGGGAGAUUCAGGUGCCUCUGCCUCAACCACUCCUCUUUCCACAAUUGACAUUACCAGUAAGCCAACGACUCAGCAAAGGGAAGCGUCGACAGGUGACCAGGCCAAGUCUACGUCUCCUACUUCUGCAACCGACGUUACCACUAAGCCAGUAAUUGAGCACAGGGAAGCUUCGCCGAAAGCCACAACGGCGACCCAGUCCCCAACAACUGCACCACCCUCAUUAUCAACAACCGAACAACCAAAAGGAACGGGAUCCACAUCUACCUCUGAUCGCCCUGAGACUCCACCAAAACCAACUGCAGUGGCAAGCAACCUCACCAAGGUCAUCCCAGAGGAUUCAGGAAUUUCUACCGUUCCUGAUCUUUCUAAAACCACACUAGAAGCUGCUUCAUCUUCCCCAACCGCUACACCUACAACAGGGCUUACAGGAGCUUCUCAAGCCGCAACAACGGCAGGCUUUUUGGGAGCGACAAACGAAGCACUAUCUUCUACUACAGAACUGCCUAGAAACGUAUCAUCAGAGACGGUAGAGCACAGGGAAGCUUCGCCGAAAACCACAGCGGCGACCCAGUCCCCAACAACUGCACCACCCUCAUUAUCAACAACCGAACAACCAAAAGGAACGGGAUCCACAUCUACCUCUGAUCGCCCUGAGACUCUACCAAAACCAACUGCAGUGGCAAGCAACCUCACCAAGGUUAUCCCAGAAGAUUCGGGAAUUUCUACCGUUCCUGAUCUUUCUAAAACCACACUAGAAGCUGCUUCAUCUUCCCCAACCGCUACACCUACAACAGGGCUUACAGGAGCUUCUCAAGCCGCAACAACGACAGGCUUUUUGGGAGCGACAAACGAAGCACUAUCUUCUACUACAGAACUGCCUAGGAAAGUACCAGUCAAGCCUCUAGACCUGGAAGGUGCUAAAGCCACAACGACCCCAGGCUCUUCAACAGCAGGAGGUCUCUCUCCUACCACAGAAAAUCCUAGAAACGUAUCAUCUGGGGCAGGAGACGUGGAAAGUGUUAAACCUACAACGAUCGCACCGACCUCAGAAACGCCAAAGGAGGGUAUUCCUACUGCAACAGAACUCCCUGGAAGCGUAUCAUCUGGGGCUGGGGACCUAGAAGGAGCCAGAGCCACGACGACCGCAGGUUCCUCAGAAACCCCGCAAGAAGGUUCCUCUUCCACUACAGGACUGCCUGGGAGUGCAUCUUCUAAGCUUCCAACGACCAAAGGUGUGGGUUCUUCAGCCACUCCGACCAGCAACCCACCGGAGGAGUCCACACAGGGAGUAUCUGUUACAACUGAGCUGCCUACUACUCUCACAGGAACUGCCGAUCUUUCUAAGACAACAUCAGAAACGACGGAAAGUCCUCGAAAUGUCACAGUGAGCAAAGGAGACCUAAAGACCCCACAGGAGGGCCGUUCAGUGUCUACCAGAUCGCCGGUUGAACUAACAACCAAACAAUCGACAGGUGUUGAAGCUACUGGAGAUAGUGACCUUCUUGGAACGACUCCCAAAGCUCAGCCUACCACUUCGGAGCUGCCAACUGAAACAACUGCUUCGGGAUCGACUAGCACCUCCUCGACUCAACAUUCCACAGCUAAAACUCCUGGAGCUGAGAUCAGCUCCACUGCGACGUCUCCUGGCCUAACUUCUGGUGCAUCAAGCACGACUCAAGCAGCUGUGACACCUGCAUCAUCUACAUCGCACCAUCCCACUGCAGCCGCUACGAUUAUACCAGAUUUCCCUGAAGGACACGAGAAUGAGAUUGUAGACGGAAAACGGCCUAGCAGUACUAGUGGAGCCGCACAGACAACAACAUUUGGAGCUACACUUGGAACCUCCUCUGAAACCACUCCGAUUCCGAGUGGUUCCACCCCUAAAGGUGUAGCCUCCGAAGGACUUCCGUCGACGCCGAAACAACAUCGUGAGCCAGUCACCGAGGAUCUUGAGGAGACAGCAACUGACACUCUCCCCACCAAGGACACCUUCGUGCUCACUACAGUUCCCACUCCACGAGCUCCAGAACUAGGACCCAGGCUUGUUCUGUUUACUCUCUUUAUUACCAGUCGACCAAACAUCACAUCUAAUGUGGAUGAAUGCGCAACUGGCCUUCAUAAAUGCGACGAGAGUGCCAGAUGUCACAACUACGUUGGUGGAUACGCGUGCUUCUGCCCAAUGGGCUAUAGGAAAAUGGACAAGGGCGUAUGCGUGGAUAUCGAUGAGUGUGCAGAAUCCCACGGAGGUUGUUGUAGUGGAAACGCGACUUGCGUCAAUAAGGAAGGAUCGUACGGAUGCAAAUGCAAUGACGGAUUUGUCGGAGAUGGCUACAAGUGCAUGCCAGUGGAGAAACGCGGUUGUACCGAAGCUGAAUGGGCUGAGGCCAAUUGUGGCAGGAACCAUAUGUGUACGGUUGAUGGCAGUGGCAAGAAAGACUGCGACAUGUGCAAAAUGGGAUUCGAGAUGAAAAACGGAGAAUGCGUUGACAUCAAUGAGUGCGCCAAGCCUGGCUUGAACAUGUGCGACAAGAACGCCGUUUGCAACAACUUGAUGGGAACAUACGCCUGUCAAUGUAAGAAGGGAUUCCGUGGCGAUGGAUACAUGUGUGAUGACGAAGACGAAUGCCGAAUGAUGCCAUGUCACCCGCAAGCUGAAUGCCACAAUAAGCCAGGAUCCUUUGAAUGCAAAUGUCCGGACGGAUUUGAAGGAGAUGGAGUGAGCAAAUGCAUAAAUCCUCUGGAACACGGCUGCAAAGAUAUGCAGCGAACUUGUGGCCGAACAGAACACACCGCAUGCCUGUCCGUUCGGUUGUUCGACGGAUCCUUGGGCAGUGUUUGCGAAUGUGAACCCAACUAUCGUUUUAACAACGUUACCCAACAAUGUGAAGACAUCGAUGAAUGCGCCGAGAAUCGUCACAACUGCGAUCCAGCUUCAUCGACAUGCGUCAAUACCGACGGUGGAUUCAAAUGCGAAUGCUACGAAGGAUAUGAGGGCACUGGUGGUGUCUGCGUGGAUAUCGAUGAAUGCGAACGAGGUGUAGCUGGCUGUCAUAGUAUGGCGAUGUGCAUCAAUCAACCAGGUAGCUGUGGAUGCAAGUGCGUCCACGGAUUCACCGGUGACGGAACUCAAUGCAACGCAAUGAAACGCGAGUCGAACAACACCUGUACGUCGGAGUGGCAACGCCUUUGCAAGAAAGGAGAACAAGACAUGUCAUUUGGACGAGGAAGAACAGAACAAAGUGGCGGCAACUGCGCAGAUCCUAGUAAGAAUAACUGCGAUGUGAACGCCGAAUGUAUCGAUGUCCGUCCAGGACGUCACUUCUGCACAUGUAAGGUCGGCUAUAUUGGCGACGGCAUGCGAUGUGAUGAUAUCGACGAAUGCACUCUGGACGGUAUUUGUGAUCCGCAUGCUACCUGUCACAAUUUACCCGGAUCGUUUGAAUGCACAUGCAAUUCGGGAUAUGUUGGCAGUGGAAUUAUCUGUGAAUCUAUCAACACCACCAACGGCACAAACACCACUGACAGGCCAAAUUGUCAUUUGGACACAAGACUCUGCCACACGAAUGCUGAUUGCAUGGCGGACGGUAUUUGCAAGUGCCGCCGUGGAUAUGAAGGAGACGGUAUCCAAAACUGUAAAGAAGUCAUCAGCACAAAUGUUACGUUUACCUCCACCACCAGCACCGUGGUCACCACGUCAACACCGACGGCGCUUACGGGAGUCAUCAGGGAGAUCGACGAGAACGAGAGCUCUACCGUCGAGCCUACUUCUUCCACGUCCUCACUCACCAUCGAUCAUGAUCGAAAUCACACCACUAUCAGCACUUCGAUUCCUCCAAGCACCACCAUCCAUUCUACAUCUCACAUUCACGAAUCAAGCACUAAACCGACUGAAACUGAAAGCAGUACAGUCAGCACUGUAUCAGGUAUACCGACAACUCGAACGUCUUUCAUAACCAACUCUAACCUUACGAGUGAUGGUGCUAAACAAACAACAACAACAAGUGUCUUUACUAAUCAACCACAUGGAAUUCACUCCACUGCCGACGAGCUAUCAGCCACAGCUUCGCCUUCGAGUAAUUCAAGAGAGGUCACAAGUUCGAUGAUCAUCUUUUUGAAAAGUUCACCAGGAACAUUUCUGACUCUUGGGCACCAACUGAACACAACCGAGUCACCAACACCGCCUGACGAGGAACUGCUCUCGUCAAGAGUUCUGCAGAGGGAAUCCACCACUGCGCAAACUCCCACGCUAUCUUUUGGAACAACUCCAGAAUUCACUCUGGCGUCCGAUUCGACGUCUAACACCAUAAUACUUAGCAGUCAUACUAAACCAACUACUAACGCCCUCGUAACUAAAACGACGUCAUUAUCUUCUUCGACAGUUGCGACAACCGAUGCAGGAGUCACGGAAAUGAACCGUUUCCCAACUGUUAUUACUUCCCAGCUUACAUCGGAACAAUCGCUUUUCCCAACUCCGGAAGAGCUGACUUCCAAAGAAAUGGCCAAUUCCAUCGACCGUGAAACUACUGAAUCGGCCAUUUUGAAAUCUGGCUCUUCAACAGAAGAGGGGUCUGGGGAAGAUGAGCAGACCACGAUAGAAGCUCAUUUGAGUGAGAGCACGACUCCUUUCGAAAAUGGUCCCUUCCGUAGCUCAUCUGCAACUGAAAAGUCUCUUCCUGGAAACGCUACCAUUACUGAAUCGCCGACAUCCCCAUCUUCUGGUGGCAGGGUGACGACUCCACGAGAAACUGUUCUCAAAGCUUCCCUCAACGUCUCCACAACGCCAGGAGAACGUACCGUAACGAAGACUUUCAGAAGUUCUUCGUCUUCGCCGGUAACCGUAAUUGUAACUGGUUCCACUGAUGGUGAAACGCCUCUCCAGACAACCGCGACCACUCACUUUCACGUCGGCCCAACCGAACAUCCGACUACUGGCCCUCCUGAUAAGGCCGCUAUAUCGACAGUUUCUUCGGAAGGAGUGCCAAGACCUGACAGUACUACUGAAGAGCCAUUACUCACUUCGAAUGAGGCGAUUACUGUAGUAUCGUCGUCAUUGACAGAAGCGGCACCAGAGACUUCUAGCCCCGUAGCCGAAACUUCUGUUGCUUCCACUAGAGGACAUAGGAUUAGUUCAACUUUGAAUAGCGAACCACCCGUAGUCCACAGUAGUACCACAUCAACAUCCCCAGCUGUUUCAGAACCAACCCGUGAAAGUGUCGUUCCUACAACUACCGAAGGCUCAGGAAAAGCUCCUCCUCCUUCAACAACGCCAAAAGAGUUCGCGUUCCAGCGCCAC